UUUCUUAUUUAAUUGGUCCUCUGGGAUCCGGGGCGAGUCCUCCGUUCGCAGCUGCGCAGCUUUAAUUGGCUGGAGAUUCCAACCAAAAUACUAUUGGAAAAAACCGAGAGUUUAUACAGUUUAGACCCCGGUCCCUACUGAUAAACCCACUCAUUACCGAGAGCAGAGCUGGACGAGCUUUACGCAGAGACUCUCUAGAAGCCCGUUCAGAUCUCAGACGCGCAUCACCCAGUGAGAUCUGUGCGCGCAUCUCCACACUGACGCGCAACCUCUCCAUCCGCCUCACUCUUGAGAGAGCCAUCGAUGAGCACACAUCUGAUAGGAGAACACCACAGGACAAGAGUUUCAGUCAGAGACCACAUCGCAUCGAACCCGGACCGCUGCUUUCCACGAUUUCGCUCUUGGAUGUGUGGAUGCGCGCCGCCUUCGAGAGUUUCCCAUCAGUUGAAGUUGCUUGGAAGAAUGUGUUGGAAUUUUGUCUUUAUCUUCUGGACGCAGAGACAUCGGUGCGCUCGCGCUGAACACGCAACAAACUAAACACCUGGAACUCUAGUGUUCUGCUGAAAGUCGUUCUUUUCUAAGGGAAUUAUUUGGAAAAGCAGGCGAUCUACAGGCUGAACCCGCGCAGAGAAAGGUAAUGAGGGAUCGCACCUGAAGAUGGAGCUUUUCUGGAUUUUAUUAUUUUCUGUAUUCCAUCGCUACGUGCAAACGCAAGGAGUUUACGCUCCUGCGAAUGCUCAGAUUGUGCAUUCUGGGCAGACGUGUGUGGUGAAGGAGGACAACAUCAGUGAAAGGAUCUACACCAUCAGAGAGGGGGACACGUUAGUUCUGCAGUGUCUGGUCAAAGGACACCCGCGGCCUCAGGUGCGGUGGACUAAGACAGCAGGCAGCGCUUCCGACAAGUUCCAGGAGACGUCCAUCUUCAAUGAGACUCUACGGAUCCCCAACAUCCAGAGAGUGCAGGGCGGCCGCUACUACUGCAAAGCUGAGAACGGGGUGGGGGUGGCUGCCAUCAAGUCCAUUCGCGUAGAUGUGCAGUAUCUGGAUAAGCCUGUGCUCACGGUGCACCAGACGGUGGGUGAUGUACGAGGGAACUACUAUCAGGAGAAAACAGUGUUUUUACGCUGUACGGUAAACUCCAACCCUCCCGCUCGCUUUAUCUGGAAACGAGGAAAUAAACCAAUCGAACAGAGCAAAGACAACGGAGUGGAUAUCUACGAGCCUCUGUACACACAGGGUGAGACAAAGGUGCUGAAACUGAAAAACCUUCGUCCACAGGACUUUGCUAAUUACACCUGUCAGGUGUCCGUCCGGAACGUGUGUGAUAUUCCAGACAGCUCCGUCACCUUUCGCCUUACCAACACCACUACACCCCCUGCUCUAAAGCUGUCUGUGAAUGAGACAUACGUGGUGGACCCAGGCCAAGACGUCACGCUGUCAUGUGAGGUAACUGCAGGCUUCCCCACGCCUACAGUCAGCUGGUCGCGGUACCCUGGAUCCCUCCCUCAGAGGUCCAUGAUCCGAGGCGGGUCCCUCACUCUACGGUCCGUCACUCCCACUGAUGCCGGUGUCUACAACUGCACAGCCGUCAACAAUGUGGGAAACCCUGCAAGAAGAACCGUCAGCCUCAUUGUGAGAAGCAUGAAGAACUUAACGUUCCAGAUCACGCCAGACUCCAACAAAGACAGCGAGAGCAUACAGAUGGGUCGAGACCUCAAACUUUCCUGCCACGUUGACGCCCAGCCUCAGGACAAGGUGAACUACACCUGGUACAAGAACGGAGCUCUCAUCUACCCCACAGACAGCCUCAUCGUGCUGCGCAGUGACCCAGACAUGCCGCCCGGUACCAGCAGCCUGGAAAUCGUGGACAUGAAGUUCAGAGAUCAGGCCACCUACAGCUGCGUAGCGAACUUCCCCGGGAGCAGUGUUCCUGAACUGCGAGUGGACGUGAACAUCACGCAGAGCAGCGUCGUUCCUCCUGUUCUGAGUGUGCCAGUCGGAGGGGGUGUGGUCAAUGUCAGUGAGGGCGGGACCGCAGAGCUUAUGUGUUUGGUCGAUGGUAAGCCCCGCCCACCUGUUCUGUGGUCUCGUGCAAACAAGGACCUGCCCAUGCCAUCAGGGGAUUGGGUGGUGGAAACACGCGAUGGACGUUUGAGGCUGACCAAUGUGACGCGGGACAUGAUGGGAGCGUACCGCUGCCAAACCGCUCCUUACAACGGCCUAAACAUCAAACGCCGACAGGCUCAGGUGCAGCUCAACGUGGAGUAUCCUCCGGUUGUGGAUCCAGUCCUGCUGGAUGUCCGUUCUCAAACGUUUGCGACAGUCAAUCUCCGAUGUCUGGUUCUCAAGUCCAAUCCAAACCGAAUAGCCAGCGCCCGUUGGUAUCGCAAUGGGCUGCCCAUCCGAACCCCAACGGUGGACCCUCAAAGUGUCCCUCAGCUCCGGUUCAAACUAGACACCACUAAUAACGGCACUUAUGAGUGCAGAGUGAGCAAUGGAGUCGGGACCUCAACCUGCACCUUCAUUGUGUCUGCUCAGCCGUAUAAUGCAGAGUUUUACUACGACACUCCAAACCCAAUUCGCACCUUGAAGAACAAUUAUUCCUACAUCUUACAGUGGACACAGAAAGAGCCCGGCGCCGUGGACAAAAUCAUCGGCUACUGGAUCAAUGUCCAACAGAACCGACAAACGGUUUUGUCCAAACAGAUCACCACUAAAGAGCCAUUGAAAGGUGUGCUGAUGUCCUACACGCUGACGGACUUGCGUAUUCCCCUGUCAUAUGAGGUCAGCCUCACUCCCAUAACCAGCUUCGGCACCGGAAACACAGUCACGCGCACCAUCCAGUACUCCGAGCCCUACACUUACCCAAGACCUUCAGAUCACGUGUGCGGGUUUGAGGACAUUAGGAUAUGUGGGUUCACUCAAGACCGCAGUGAUGUGUUUGACUGGACCAGACAGAACCAUCUCACACAGAACCCCAAACGGUCGGUUAACACAGGGCCGGAUACAGACAGGAGUGGGACGAAAGAAGGUUACUACAUGUAUAUUGAGACGUCGCGGCCGCGUCAGGCCGGGGAUCGAGCUCGUCUUCUCUCUCCAUUAUAUAAUGUUACGGCAGCCCGAGGACCAACAGGGACCACCAGAACCCCCUACUGUGUCUCCUUCUACUAUCACAUGAACGGAAAACAUAUUGGUACACUCAAUGUUCUGAUGAGGGUGAAGAGCAUCGCUACUGUAGAUUCUGCCAUCUGGACUCUUUCUGGACACCAGGGGCCCGAAUGGAGGAAGGCAAAUGCUGAGAUCUAUCCGAGCGGACCCUUCCAGGUGGUGUUCGAAGGUAUCCGUGGAAACGGCUUUGAGGGAGACAUCGCUAUCGAUGACGUUUCUGUUACCAAGGGGAAAUGCAAACAAAAGGAUAGCGUGGACAAAACAGCAGUUCUGUCUGGGACACACCAGAGUCUUCACCUUCUUCCUGCGAUCGUCCAGCUGCUCUGCACCAUCUGUCUGACAUUCCUCCUCAGAUGAUACAGAUACCCCUCAGCACACACACCGCCAGUGUAGGACGCCCCCCGCGGCAGCAAUAAGAACUGCCCCAACACGUGACCACCCUUCCUGCUACUGCCUCUUUCAUUUCCUCCUGUUUCUCAUUCCCUUUGUCCUAGCUUCACACCUCAAGUCUACUUUUUCUUUGGUUUCUCAUAAUCUUUGUGGUCACUUGUUGAGCUUAUGUCUGCUAAGUGGCACCUAUAUGAUUUAUAUAAGCAUAACUUUCAUUGAUUUUGUGCAUUUCUGUCCAUAUGUCUUGACAUCAUCUCAGUCGCCCCUGUAUAUGUAUCUGACACACCAAAGUGUCAAUUAUUACCAAAGAUGACGGAGGGCUUACAGGAUGAAUAGACGGCUGAAAGAGCAACAAGGACGUCCUUUCCCCAAAUGAACUACUCUUUCCACAGACUCAAGUGCAUGGAGAUGUGAUUUCCUUAAGACACUAUGAUUGCAAGGAAUAGCGUGAGCCAGAACGGAUGAGUGAAGCAGGUGGUCACGAAGCUACUGAUGACCUAAACGGACCUGUACAUGCACGUGUACAUGAUAUAUUGGAAAGUAUCAAGCUGCAGAAAGGACAAACAGACUCCAACUGCAACUUCUAGGACUAUGACAAUGUGAAACUAAAGAAGCACAAAUUUAUAUCUUUUUUUUUUUGUAGUUAUUUUGGUUCCUUUACGUGGUAUUUCGUCAGUCUGGGUUUGCUGUACACUUCUUGUCCUUUUGGCUUUCUUUAGCAGAAACCACGUGCCACUGCUGCAUUGCCGUUCAGUUAAUUACGGGGUAGAAUUUGAUUCCGAAAACGACACAAUGUGAACUUUGGACCAGAAGAGCAUCAGUUACCUCACCCUCAAUCUACAAGAACCAUAAAGCACCUGGACAACUUAUGAAAACGAUCACUUUUAGCUUCAGUCAAACUGCCGGGAGAGUGUUGACUCACUGGGUCAGUCGUUCUCGUUCAGCAAUAGAACCGUACCUCUGACUGCAAUGGAUAUGAUUUGGGCACACGGACUUCAACAGAUGGACGCCUCUGGACAGACAAACUCCACUCUUGGUUUUGAUGAUCAAGAAUGUCAUUUUGCAUAGUGUUAGAGAGAAAUCGCAUGUACGUGCAAGCUCUUCAAGGGUUGCCAUUGACAAACUUCAGACGUAUUUUAUUUUGGAAGUUUUGAGAUGGUAAGAAAACAGUGUUGAUGUGACAAGUUAAUCUAAAAGACACAAUGUUCAUACUAUAAUAAUGCUGCAUUCCAUUUACAUCGGAAAGUUGGACUUUCUAGCUUCCUACUUGGAAAAUUGCAAUAGAAUGCCACUCGAAGUUGCUUGAGAUUGAAAACCUGUUGAAAUCCACAACUUUCUGUGAGAUGGUGGCAUCCAGUGAGAUACACACACUUUUAAGCAAAUAAAAUACAUCAAUAGGUCAAAGUUGAUGAUAAAACAUGUUUAGCAAACAUCUGCAGAUAAAUGAUACUCUAAGAUGAUAAUCAUCCACCUGCAGAACAAAUUCUAGCGUUGUGGAGCAUCAUUUCUCCUCUAAUAUGGCUACUAGGGACUUCUUUGUUGACAAUCAAGAUCUGGACAGCAAACGGUAGCAUUUGCCAUUUUAUUUUCUCAUACAUCAUCUUCCAAACUUUAGGUAGAGGAACUCCGUCAUGUUUGGAAGUCGGAGACAUCAAGUAGGAAUAUCCCACAUCUGACUUUGAAUGGAACGCAGCAUAAGUCACAGAUGCCAAUGGUUUAAGAUUCAGAUGCAAUAUGUUAUGGAUGAUUUUACCUUCAAAAGUUGUAAAAUGUAGGCUACCCUCCCUGGAACUCUUUUUAAAAUAUGUCACAUUACGUAAAAUGACAUUUAAGCACAUGGUUACAGUUCAGUAGCAAUAUGUGAUUGUCAAACGUGUAAGGGCCGUCUGUGUCCGGUCCUUUUUGAAAGUUCAAGAACGUUUCAUCACAUCUAUCAUCACUGCAAUGGAAGGGCAGGCACAGAAUUAUAAGAGCGUAUGAUGAAAAGAAGGAACCAUUUGUGCCUCUGUUUGAGUGUCCUUUAUCAGAUUUGCGUAUGCUUAGAUGUUACGGUGCAAUCGUAUAUCCAGUAUAUAUUUCAAUUGCUUUGCUCUAGUAUUACUCAUACUCGUAGUUCCAUCCACAGUGGAGCUUUAAGGUAAGUCUGUUUACAAUCAUAAAAUGCGCAAAAUGAUUUUCCGGCUUGUAAUAUUCGCUCACGCUCAUAUUUAACCAGUUCAUAUAUAUCCUAAUGUGGCGUAUGUCUGUCGCUGUUGAAGAGAUUAUCAUAGACUCGCUCCUCAGGUAAUUCCAUAGGUAACAGGGACAGGGCCUGGAAUAAUUCAACCCCAGUCCAGGUUCUCCUACAGUUAAAGACACUCCCGCGGCUGUAAUACUGUUCCUCGUGUAUGUUACCGUAAACGCUCUGAACUCUUGCACAAUGCCUUCAUUACAUGUCAUAUAAUCAGCUAUCGUUUAUAAUCCAUGCUAAGUUUAGUAGGACCUACUACAGGACACAAAUGAUUAGAUUUAACGCAAGAAAGAAAAUGAGAGCGAAACAAUAAAUGGAUGGUUAUGUCAUUUUACGUUGCAGGAUAGUGUGCGUUUAUGAAUUCCGAAUGUUUCCUUUGUUUGUAUUUUUUUUUUUUUUUUUGAUAUUCCGGCGUGUGUUUGGUGACAUCCCAAUAUUAUCCAGAAGCCGUCAUCCAUGUCUGUUACUGUUUGUAUUAUUCUUUGACUUUGUAUUCAAACCAUGUCUGAUUGUUUCAUUUAAAUGGAUCUGGUGGUACAAGUCUGCGUUUAUUAUUACCGUUUGAGGCAAAGGUGGGAUCUAAAUACUGUGCAAUAUAAGAUGAAGAUGAAGUUUUAUCAUGCAAUUCAAUAUCUAAGCUCAAAUAACACAGGAAGUGCACCAUCACCCCUGAUGAUGAGCAAAUGAAUGUGAAUGUAAUCUAAUUAGAAUGUGAAAUCUUACUGGCCGAACUUCUUUGCAUUGUAAAUGUGCAAAAUUCAGUGGAAUAGAUUUAAAUAUGGCAUGAUGUGUUAAAAGGAGAUGGAAGUGCUUUGCUUAGUAAUAUCAGCAUAGUAACAUUAGCCAAAAUUUAUAAAUGAACACAGAAGAGCAAGGGAUAUGUAAAAAUUGGCUGGGAAUUCCAUGUUGGCGUUUCUUUACUGGCUACACUCACAUGACAGAAUACAACAGAACAUAUGAAGUUUGAACCCAUCUUUAAGAAUUUAAUUUUUGUGCUAAAACGUUGGAACAUUCUGAAAGAUUUCAUACUUAAAAAUUCUGUGGUUUGGUUAGUUUCCUUGUAUUUUUUUCCUCCCACUACUUAACAGCCAGUCUCAUUCUAUGGUUAUACUUUUUUUCUUCUAUUUUUAUACAGGACUGACAUCUGUAUUGUGUUGCUGUGUGAAUGUAGCCACUAUCUGAAGCUGUCAUCAGACUGUAAAAACAAAUGUGAGGGUAGCGGACAUCUUGUUGCAAUACAUUUAAUGUGGCAUUCAUAUUUAGUAUAUAAAGAUCAGGGGCCAAUGAGACUUUAUCAUCAACUGUCAUGCUACCAAUGGGAAAUCAAAUUGUGAGGUCUUGACACAUUUUGUUUUUGUCACUUUUCAGAGACUCACUUGUGCGAUCAUCUACUACCAGUGUCUUCUGAUCAUGUCCACAUGUAUGACUCAAAUCAAGCAUAAUACCACUUGUAGCAUUAUCUGUGUGAGUAGAGUUAGAAGUCAGCAGAAUGCACCAUAAGAAAGGCCAUUUCCUGUUCCUCCUGGAGGAAGUCAGUAGAUUCCCAUUUGAAGCACUGGUGAAAGUUCACUAUGGGUCUUACUGCCACAUGCCCUCCUAGCUACUAUUGCUGUGUUAUACUUUAAAUAUUGAGAGUACAUGGGUGAAUCUCACAAAAACAUAACCGCGGCAUUUCAUUCUAAAAUAUUUAGGAAAAAAUAGAUAUGCGAUAGGAUAUGGAAAAUUAAGCCUGUUUUAGUUUUUUUUUUUUUUUGCAUUUUGCAUUUUGACAUUUUCGUGACAAUUAACCGAGUGCUUUAUUAUUUUCAUGUUUCAUAUUUUUGUUUUACUUUUUGUAAUUCUCAUUUUGCUUGACAUGGACGGUCACUUCUGUUAUACAGUAAUUAAUAUAAUACAAUAACUUAGUAUAACAAAGCACUAGUUAAAGGCAUGACACACUUUAUCAUGUAGAUUGCUAUUUUUUAUUUUGUAUUUAUAAGUUUUUUGGCAUUAAUGGGAAUGUGGUGGGAAAAUGUACUUGUAAAUUUCAAACUUUAUUUAACGUUUUUUUGUUAUUGAUUCACCUGUGCAUUUAAUAAAAUACAACAACAAAUCCCUUGAACAAACCUGAAGAUCCAUCUGUGAAAGACACACACUCACAAAACCAAUCCCAUCCCUGCUGAAGAAUGUCGGUGAGUGUUGAUUUGAUCAUUUGCGGGCGGCGCAGAUCUGAUCGGCUGUUCUGCCGUGCAAAGCGUUCAGACCAGAGAGAGAAAGUUUCUGUUUUGUUUUUUCGUUUAUGUGUUUGUUUGUUUUAGAUAUACCGGUGCACAAGUGAGAGAGCAACUUGUAGUGCUGGAUGUUGUAUAUUCUCUGUCAUGUAAUGAACUAUUUUAGAGGAAAAAUAUAUUUGAAAUAUGACUCCAAGAUGUAUAAAUAAAUAACCAUG